CAUUCGGACAUUCAUCGGAAAUACGUAACGAGUUGUUUUAGAACGGGAGGUAAAAGCUGUGAGGGGAUUAUCUAUGAGUUACGGAAUGCGACCAUUUUAAUGGGUUUAUACUUGUGACAUUAAAUCAAUUUCUGGCUUGUAUGUCGGUGCUCCGACAUGAAACAAGCCUUGAUCACGUUCUCAAGCCGUCAUACGUACAACAAAGCCUCGCUCGUCAAGUGUACACACGCUAUUGACGAUUUGAGGACAUGAAAUGAAUCCAGAUAGACUUGGUCGAAUUCCACCGCCAACAAGGCGACUUGUAGUGCGAAAAGCGAACAGCCAGAGGGAUUUACGUCCUAUCACCGAACGGGCGACUCUCGAUAAGGUUCUGGGUUUGACAGUCUCCAGGAACGCAGCUUUAGCCUGUGACCCGUUGUCUGGAGUAGUCGCUUAUCCGGCCGGAUGUGUGGUGGUCUUGUUUAACCCUAGGAAGAACCAACAGAGUUUUGUCUUAAAUACAUCCAGGAAGACAAUCACUUCUGUGGCUUUCUCUGGCGAUGGAAAAUAUUUGGCAACAGGAGAAAGUGGUCAUAUGCCAUGUGUGCGUGUGUGGGACAUGGAAGACCAGUCACAUCCACAGAUAUCAGAGAUGGUCAAAGGACAUAAAUUUGGUAUUUCAUGUGUGGCUUUUUCACCCAAUUUGAAAUAUGUGGCAUCUGUUGGAUUCCAGCAUGACAUGAUUGUAAAUAUAUGGAACUGGAAGAGUGGUACAAAGGUAGCCUGCAACAAAGUUUCAUCAAAGGUUUCAGCACUUUCAUUUUCUGAAAAUGGUAGCUACUUUGUUACUGUUGGUGUUCGUCAUGUCAAAUUUUGGUAUUUUGACACUGAAUCAAACAAAUCUAAGGUUUCCAAGACACUGGUAAUCAAUGGGCGAGCUGGACUUUUAGGAGAGCAGAGGAAUAACACGUUUUGUGAUGUAGCAUGUGGUCGUGGAGUUAACUCUGAUAUCACUUACUGUGUGACUAGCUCAGGAUUAUUGUGUUCCAUCAAUAGCAAGAGAGUGCUGGACACCUGGGUUGAGCUCAAGACAUCUAAAGCAUAUGCAUUGGCAGUCAGUGAACAUUACAUUAUAUGUGGAUGUGCUGAUGGAAUAAUAAGAGUUUUCAACCCGUUGAAGUUACAGUUUAUAGUAACCAUUCCAAAGCCUCAUUUUCUGGGUGUUAAUGUAGCAGAAGGCAUUGAUUCCAGUAACCCUCUGUCAAAGUCUGAGCAGGCAGCUUAUCCAGACGCCGUUGCUGUAGCGUUUGACACAGUAAACCAUAAGCUGACGUGUGUUUAUAACGACCACAGUCUGUACACAUGGGACGUGAAGGACAUGAAAAAGAUUGGAAAAGCUUGGUCGUCACUUUAUCACAGUACAUGUGUAUGGGGAGUUGAGGUUUACCCCAAUGUGACUGAUAAUCGCCAGGCGGCUCUGCCACCGGGAUCCUUUCUCACAUGCUCGUCUGAUGACACUGUUAGAGUAUGGAACAUUGAAGAAGGAACAAGUAUAUUAUUUGAGAGAAACGUUUAUAGUAAGGAAAUGAUGAAAGUCUUAUACACGGAAGAUACAGUGGCAAAUCUUAAAGACAAUGAUAUUAGCCCUGCCAUAAAGAACAUGCGAGAUUCUACCGGUGAUACGCGAAAUGCUGGAGUAAGAUGUCUUCGCAUUAGUCCUGAUGGGCAAACACUCGCCACGGGGGACAGAUCUGGAAAUGUCAGGGUAUACGAUUUGAUGUUUUUCGAUGAAGUCGCAAAGAUUGAGGCGCACGAGUCUGAAGUUUUGUGUGUGGAGUUUUCACCCAAUGAAUCAGGACACAAACUACUGGCAUCCGCUGGCCGAGAUCGACUCAUUCAUAUCUUUGAUAUCGUGAACAACUUUGUCCUUGUUCAAACAUUGGAUGAUCACUCAGCAUCAAUCACGUCAGUCAAAUUUAACGUGUCAGAAUCCGAUGAGUUACAGCUUCUGAGUUGUGCAGCAGACAAGUCGAUCAUAUUCAGAACAGCCCAGCAGAAUCCCGAAUUUCAGUUUGUUCGCACAACGAAUCAUGUUGGUAAAACAACAUUUUACGACAUGGACAUUGAUCCAUCAGGGAAAUAUGCUGCUACGGCUUGUCAGGACAGAGGUGUUAGAGUGUAUGAUGUGAACAGUGGCAAGCAGACGAGAAAUUACAAAGGCACUCCUAGAGAUGACGGAACGUUGGUUAGGAUAACUUUGGACUCUUCAGGGACAUACGCUGCCACCAGUUGUUCAGACAAGAGCGUGUGUUUGACUGAGUUUGAGUCUGGUGAAUGUGUCGCUAGUAUGUCUGGUCAUUCAGAGGUGGUGACUGGUCUGAAAUUUUCUGUCGACUGCAAGAAUCUCAUCUCUGUUGGCGGAGAUGGGUGCAUCUUUGUGUGGAAAAUACCAUCAACUUACACCCAGAAUAUGGUGGAGAAACUUCACGUACUUGGAGAGGAGCCAGAAAAUAAAAUCGAGUUUGGCACUCCCAUCAGACGUGAGACUUACCAAAUGGCUCAUCCGUCGAUAAUAGAAACGGCUGAAGAGGACGACUUUGUACCAGCUGAUCCUUCAGCGUUCAGCAGACCAAUGAAAGAUCCCAGUCCUCCUGUUAAAGAUUACCGUUUCAGCGUGGGGCAGCUGCCUGCAUGGGCCAAAAAACAGCUCGUCGCUGAAGGAAACGAGAAGACUACGGUUUCUCCGGAAGAGAGUAACACAGGAACAGUAGUUCAACCCGGAGGGCGAUGGGCUCAGAGAGUCCAGAAUGGUGGUAUUCACAUUGCUGGUGACAAUGGCAAGAUAAAACCGAUUCCUUUAUUGCAAGAUCCCACAGAUGGCGGGAAAAGAUACACAGUAGAACCGAUCUCUCUCCAGGAGCAAAUGAGAGCGUUAGCAAGCAGCCCUCUCGAGAGACGUUGCUCACUUACCUAUGGGGAAGAUGAUGACUUGUUCCCCUCAGACGGCCGAGCAGCGCUGGAGAAUUUGAGCGAAGAAGAGAAGAAUCAUACCGAGGAAGCCGCACCGCCAGGCGUCACUGUGUCACGUGGUAGUGAUAUAAUGCCGAAGGCUCGAGUUAGAAAGAGCAGUGUAGAAGUGUCCGAAUCAGGAGAACUGAAAUUUGAAGAAGCAGAGGAGCUUGAUGUAGGGGACGCGAAGGAAGUUAUCAUCUACCUACCCCCAAGCCAGGAUGACUUCGACAGCGAAGUUGCAAGUGCCCCACGGGUCCAAGAAUUUGUGCAACAUUACGAAGCUUUCCAGUUAAAUCAUCACCAGUCUUGUCCCAAUAUCGUUCAACAAGUCAAGAGACUGCGGGGAGAUCUGGUUAAUCAGGAAAAACCCGUCAAACUGGUUAAUGACGAACCGGUUCCGCUUAACAGAUCUCCAUCGUUAGACCUUCUUCCGUUUCGGGUUGUAACUUGCCUCAGGUAA